GGACCGGGGCCGGGAGAGCGCCAGGGGCCAGCGGCCGAGGGGCGGCCCCUGAACUUGGGGGACGCGGGAGGUGGCGGCUCGGCGGGGCGGAGCGCGGCGCCGGGGCCCGGCCCGGCUCCCCCGCCUGGCGGCGGGGAGGGGGGACUCGCCCGCCCGCCCCCCCCUCCCCCAGUUCACCGUUCGGGCCGGCGGGAGCGGCCGGAGCUGCGUGCGGGGUAGGACCCGGCCCGGGCCGGGAAGGGCCUGGAGGUCACCGAACCCCUCCCGGGAGUGCGUCCCGUCCCGUCCCGGCUCCGGCGCUGAUUUUGUCGCACUGAAAGUGUCCUGUCCCCUGUCACCCCUCUCUGCUCUCCCGCCGUGCCCUGCCGCCAGCCCCGGUGACACCUGUGGGAGGUGCGGGAGAGACCGUCCGGGCCAGGUGGGCAUCCCUGACCCCCCCACCUCUCUCCGUGAGGAACCGGACAGCGGGCAGGAGAUCCCCCGGGUGCAGCCGGGUGUUGGGGCACGGGGCAGAGGGUCUCCCUGACCUCCCCCGGGAUCAACGGGGCCGGGGUGGGUUGUGUUGUCCUGCACCGCUGACACCCGGAGCAGAGGUGGUGGUGACACAUCAUGUGCCGGGCGGAAUCCCGGUGGAUGAAGGAUGCCCCCGGGAGCUCUCGGUAGGCACCGAAGGCCUCAAACUUUUGUAGGCGAAAGCGAAGACGCAAGAAUUGUUUCGGAAAACUCCUUCAAGGAAACUUGCUUCCAGCUCCCCAACGGCUGAACCCCCCCCCCCCGUGCGGCCCGUGCUCCGGGGGGAGCACACCUUCCCACCCCGGCUGGGAAUCAUGAGCUCCUAGGCAUGGAAAGUCACGAGAGGGACUGGGAGCUGCUCUGGUUCCACGGGGUGGCCUGACGGGCCCGGAGAUGACCUAACUCUUUAGGAUCAAACUGGGCCCAGUCAAGGCCAGUUGACUGGGAAGAGCCCCCGGUAGCGGGACCGGGUCGGAAGCAACGUGAGUCCCAAACUGAGUGUGUCCCGUCACAGAUUUAUGUUCUUUUUCAAAGACAUUCUGGAGCCAGGCCGGGAUCUUUUUGCAUCCAACUGACCUGGAAGCAGCUCUUAGGUUUGAUUUUUCUUUUUUUUUUUUCCUUCCUUUUUUUUUUUUGGUUGUUUUUUUUAUUAUUAUUAUUAUUAUUCACAUUUGUACAAUCUUCUGGAUACUUUUUUCCCGAGAAGGAGUAAAAAGGGAGUGUUGGAAACUUAACAAACAGGAUUAAAGCCUUGAGCGCUUAAGGAAAAAAAAAAAAAAAAAACAGGUUAAGGAACUUAAUCCAGGAUGGAUCUGCAGGAGCCCCAGCAGCUGGGAAUGUUUGCAGAGAGCGAGCUGAUGUCGGUGGGGAUGGACACCUUCAUCCACCGCAUCGACUCCACCGAGGUCAUUUACCAGCCCCGGCGCAAACGGGCCAAGCUCAUCGGCAAGUACCUCAUGGGAGACCUGCUGGGAGAGGGCUCCUACGGCAAAGUCAAGGAGAUGCUGGACUCAGAGACUCUGUGCAGGAGAGCUGUGAAGAUCCUGAAGAAGAAGAAGCUGCGCCGGAUCCCCAACGGGGAGGCCAACGUGAAAAAGGAGAUCCAGCUCCUGCGGAGAUUACGGCACAAAAACGUCAUCCAGCUGGUGGAUGUGUUGUACAACGAGGAGAAACAGAAAAUGUAUAUGGUGAUGGAGUACUGUGUGUGUGGGAUGCAGGAAAUGCUGGACAGUGUCCCAGAAAAGAGGUUUCCAGUGUUUCAGGCUCACGGGUACUUUUGUCAGCUUAUAGAUGGCUUAGAAUACUUGCACAGCCAAGGGAUUGUCCACAAGGAUAUAAAACCUGGGAACCUCCUGCUAACAACCAAUGGGACACUAAAAAUAUCUGAUUUAGGCGUAGCAGAGGCAUUGCAUCCGUUUGCGGAGGACGACACGUGCAGGACAAGCCAAGGGUCGCCAGCAUUCCAGCCCCCAGAAAUUGCCAAUGGCCUUGACACCUUUUCAGGCUUUAAAGUCGACAUCUGGUCUGCAGGGGUGACACUAUACAACAUCACAACGGGUCUGUACCCUUUUGAAGGGGAUAAUAUCUAUAAAUUAUUUGAAAACAUUGGGAAAGGCGACUACACAAUUCCAGAGGAUUGUGGUCCUCCACUCUCAGACUUAUUGAGAGGGAUGCUUGAAUACGACCCAGCCAAGAGGUUCUCAAUACAGCAGAUAAGGCAGCACAACUGGUUUAGGAAGAAGCAUGCUCAGGCAGAGGCGCUGGUGCCCAUCCCUCCCAGCCCUGAGACAAAGGACAGGUGGAGGAGCAUGACGGCGGUGCCUUACCUGGAGGAUCUGCAUGGCUACAAUGAGGAAGAGGAUGAUGACUUGUAUGACAUUGAAGAUGAUAUCAUCUACACUCAGGACUUCACAGUACCAGGACAGGUGCCUGAGGAGGAGGAGGCCGGGCAGAACGGGCAGAGCCGCGGCAGGGGGCUGCCCAAGGCCGUGUGCAUGAACGGGACGGAGCCGGGGCAGCUGAGCGCCAGGGCCAAGGGCGAGCGCCGCGCCAGCGCCUCCUCCAACCCCUCCCGCAAGGCCUGCUCUGCCAGCAGCAAGAUCCGCAAGCUCUCCACCUGCAAGCAGCAGUGAGCUCUGCCCAGCAUCCCUGGGCCCGGGCCAGCCUGUGUCCCCCUCCUUGCCCCAGCUCUGCCUCUCUCCUGGGACUGGACUGUGCUUGCAAUCCAAAAGGAAACCAGAAGAAACCAACCAAGGAGCCCCCCCCCUUCCUUCCCUCCCCGCACCCCCUGCUCCGGCCAGCGCCAGGACACAACGCUGCAGUGGCCACAGCCUCCUCCCCAUCGGACACCUGGGAGUUGAACUCUGCCGCUGCCAGGACGCUGCCCCCUUCCCCCCGAUCACUCUUUGCCAAUCAAGACACUGAUUCUGUUUUUAAUUUUGCGAUGGGAGGGGUGGGAUUGAGGGGUCGGGGGGGGGUGGGAACCUCCCCCCUGCCAGGCCCCCUGGCCGUGUAGAGUCGUGCAAAGCCAUUGCCGUGCACUUUAUGUUUUAGACUACUGUUAUAUAUUAUAUAUUUUCCUCUCUCUUUUUUUUUUGUUUUAUUUUUUGUUUGUUUGUUUUUUUUCCGUUUUGUUUAUAUUUGCGGUAUAUUUAGAGAUUCCUACACAUCGUGAUGUGUUAAAAUAAACCAGAUGAGGAAAAAAAAAACCAAAAAAACAGGUAUUAAAACAAAGCAGAACUCUAUUACACCUGCAUGCUGCACGGGGGCUCGGAAGGGAACAGGGCCCAGGAAGGGCUCAGAGCUUGGGAGGAAUCUGGGCUCCAAAGGGAUCAGGGUGGUGGUAGCCACUUGGUUUUUUUUUUUUCUGCCUAUUUUUUUUUGC